AGAGAGAGAGAGAGAGAGAGAGAGAGAGAUCACAUGACUGCCCGGAAAAAAAAAGAGGAAACAUAUUUGUGUUUAAAACUGAAACAGAAAAAAGACGAAAGGGUUACAUUGACAAUCUGAAGGCUCAGACAAAUGAACCAAAUGUGUAACUAUCGGACUUCAUACGCAAACCUCGACUUUGUGAUCCGGAAGAUGGAACGCUAGAGAGAAGAGUACAUUUAUUUUUUGGUAGACCAAUUCGGGGGAACUACAAAAAAAAAUAAAAUAAAAAAAAAAUUAUCUGUGUUGGGCGGCGACCCUUUGCCAUUUUUUAAAAUUAAACAAUGAGGAAAUGUAUUGUAAUCUGUUGGUUGGUCUUCUGUGUUUCCGGAGGUACGGACCUUAACGUUAUUAAUGGUAAUUAUAAUAACAGCAGAACAACGUUGAUGAUAAAUGAGAGCGGGCGAAGGUAUCUCCAUAUAGGAGACGGGACGUCAGUUGAAUUUGAAUUUCCACAGAACACCAAGGGGGUCAUCGUGAUUUCAAGCCACGACUGGGCCAGGACAGAUGGAGAGAGCAGGAAGCAGACGGUGAAUGUAAAAUCCCUGGACACAGCUGUUUUGACAAUUUUAAACGUAAGUGACAGCGAGAAUUUAGGACUGGAAAAAAGUUACCUUGUCAGUAUUAGAUCUGGUCUGGCGGGGAUGGCCCCCCUGUUAAUCCAGUUUUUGGAUUUGCACAAUGAAGCGAAUCCGGUGAUUUUGGAAGAGAGGAAAGAUUAUGUUAUCAAAGUAUCGGCGAAUGAUGACGCUGUGUUGCGGAAUCCGGGUGGGCUGUCCCAUUUCUCUGAAAACCCUGUGCUUUUCGCCCUCUUGCCUUUGAUAUUCAUCAACAAAUGUGCUUUUGGAUGUAAAGUGGAAAUUGACGUUCUACGGGAUUUGUUGAAACAGCCGCACCCAGUAUUGAUGGGGAUAGUGGGGCAGUUUGUGGUCAUGCCUUUGUACGCUUAUGCCUUGUCCAGGAUUGCCUCUCUUCCUAAAGCCCUGUCUCUAGGGCUGAUCAUUACCUGUUCGGCGCCGGGAGGUGGGGGCGGUUACCUGUACAGCCUCCUCCUGGGCGGCGAUGUGACCCUAGCCAUAUCCAUGACCCUCAUCUCCACUGUAGUCGCCACUGGCAUGAUGCCGCUCACCUCCACCAUCUACGGCCGCCUCCUCGAUGUACACGAGACCCUUCAUGUGCCAUUUGUGAAAAUCCUUGUCACCCUGCUGUUCAUUGCUGUGCCUAUUUCUACUGGGAUGUUCAUAAAGUACAAGUUCCGCAGCGUCUCCCGGGUUCUGCUUACCCUCAUACGGCCGUUCAGCUUCAUUCUUAUCAUCGGAGGUAUUUUUAUGGCGUAUCAAAUGGGAGCUUCUAUACUUGCCAAUGUCAAACCGCAGAUAAUAGUGGUCGGUGUCACGGUGCCACUUUUUGGGCUGUUCUUGGGCUACCUCAUGGCAUUUGCUUUGAGACUGACAGUGCCUCAUCGCAAGACAGUCAGCAUUGAGAUUGGGGUUCAGAACAGCCUCCUGGCCCUCGCCGUCAUGCAGCUGUCUUUCAGUCGGGUGGAGGCAGAUUUUGCAUCUCAAGCGCCCUUUAUCGUGGCUCUCAGCAGCACCUCAGAAAUGCUCCUUAUUGUGAUCAUUAACGCCAUCUACAAAAAACUCAGACCGACCACCCAGACAGAAGUGAGACUGUAGUAUUUCUUUUUUCAUGUACACCAAAAAGUCUUGAGACCAAAAGCCUUUUUUUAUUUUUCAUUUCACGCGAUGCACUAUGUAUGAGAGAAAGUUGAAAUAUUUUUAUACCAAACAUUUUUUAUUUUAUAAUUGAAUUUUAAAAUUAAUUAAUUAUAUAUAUAUAUAAUCUAUUAGUGUGUGUGUGUGCUGUAAUUUAUAUAAUGUUUACAGACUACAAGGGGGUAGUGAGAGUAAAAUUAACCACUGUUUGGCUUUAAUAAUAUAUCCAUGUACUUGAAUAAAAAAGUACAUUAAUACAUGGAUGAAUCUUGCUAGAAACAAUGAGAUUAUUUUUGAAAAACACUGGUACCUAAUUAAAAAGGCUGAUAAAAUCAAUCCUGCAGUAUUAAAUUAAAAUACCUUUGUUAGCCCAUUUAGAGCAAUUUUAUUUCCUAAUUCGAGAAUUCAUGUAUAUUGCAGGUGCCUGUCUGUCAGAUUUGUUCAUUUUACAGAGAAAAUAACUUUAUAAUAAAAAAAUAAAGAUUUCCUAAAUAUA